GAAAGAACACAGUCUUGCUGCUUUUAGUUGCUGGCGUUGAAAGAGACAGACUUGCAAGGUUUGGUCCUUUGAGUCGCAUCCAGCUUCACAGAACGAAUGGUGUCCACAGUGAAAGCUGGGCCAACGGUGAAAAGGCUUUAGGUAUUUCAGAGAGCGUGAAGCAAAUGAGAUGAAAGUCAACACGAACACAUGAAGCCAAUAAGGUGAGUAAGAACGGUGCAGGAAAUGUGGAUAACACCAUUAAACAAAGCCUUAUCAUGAAACUACUGUAAAGGCUAUUCUCUGAGCUGUGGUCAGUGUGUUUGAAACGUGGCUGCUCCUUCCUGCCUCGCAUCUGCAUCGCCACGGUAACCUGAUCCCGUUCCUGCAGCCGGUGUUGUUUUUACUGCUGCCAUCACAAACCAGACAGGGCUGAAGAUGAUGGAGAAAGGAGAAACGCAAGGCGGUGGGAGAAGGGAAACGGGGGAGAGAACGUGAUACGAGGAGGGAGGACAGAGAUGAAGUGAUGGAGCGAGGCAGACAUUGAGAAAGCGCUCCGCCGCGUCACAUGCACCGCGGCAGCGUUGCCAAAGAGAGCCUCUAUUUUUAGGGUUAGGAAUGCACACAGAGGCCUCGUGGAGAGGGACCAUAACAACAAGGAGCACGCAGCAGCCCACUGUGGAGCAGUCAGACCAGACGCAGAGCAUCCGCGUGAGAGGGGAGACGCCGGAGACACAGGAAGAGAAGGAGAGAGAACGAUUUUCUGCUGACGUGCUUAAAUUCAAAGCCUGCGUUCAGAGGGAACGUCCUGUUUAAGGAGCGAGAAGAGGAACAGGCUGAACAUCCGAUGGUUCAUGGAGCGAGCGGCAGCAGACGUCCUCCACUAUGAAGACGAGGAGCUGUCGUCCGGGCUGCUGCUGCAGCUCAACCGGCUGCGGCAGGAGGGCGUCCUGACCGACGUGCUGCUGUGCUCGGAGGACGCGGCGCUGCCGUGCCACCGCGCCGUGCUGGUCUGCAGCAGCCCCUACUUCAGAGCCAUGUUCUGCAGCGGCUUCGUGGAGCGGCGCCGGACCCGUGUCGCCCUGCGGUCCGUCCCGCCCGCCGUCCUCCGCAGCAUCGUGGACUACGUCUACACCGGGCGCGUCAGCAUCAGCGCCGACACCGUGCUGCCGCUGAUGCAGGCGGCGUCCAUGUUGCAAUAUGGCCGCCUGUUCGAGGCCUGCUCGCGCCUCCUGCAGCAGCAGAUGAGCCCGGACAACUGUCUGAGCAUGAUGAGGCUGUCGGAGAUGGUGAACUGCCGCAGUCUGAGAGGCCGCGCCAAAGAAAUGGCCGCGAGGAGCUUCUCCGACGUGUCGGCCUCCGAGGACCUGCGCGAGCUGUCCUUGGCGGAGCUCACGGGCUUCCUGGAGGACGACGGCCUGUGCGCGGGCGAGGAGCAGGUCUUCGAGACGCUCGUCUCCUGGGUCCAUCACGACCCGUUAUCCAGGCGCGGCGCCGUCAGCGACCUCUCCAAGAGGGUCCGCCUCCGGCACCUCCACCCCACCUACCUCUUCCAGUUCAUCGCCAACGACCCUCUGAUCCAGUCCUCCGCCCUCUGCACCGAGCUCAUCGACUCCGCCCGGCGCCUCAUGUUCUCCGGCGGCGGCGCCGAGGCUCCGCGGGGGGCGCCGCGGCGCCGCGGAUACCGCGACGCGCUGGUGGUGGUGGGCGGGCGCAAGAACGGCGAGCAGACGUCGAGGGAGGCGCUGGUCUUCGACGAGGGCGCUCGGACGUGGCGGCGGCUCGCCAAGCUGCCCCUCCGCCUCUACAGGGCCUCCUACGUGGGCCUCCACAGCGUGCUGUAUGUGAUCGGAGGCCUCGCCGCCGCCGCAGGGUCCCCGCGGGUCAGCGCCGCCGUCUACACCCUCUCCCUCAGGACCAACCAGUGGAGGACGGCGGAGCCCAUGCUGGAGCCUCGUUUCGCCCACCAGGCCGUCCCCUACCUCCACUUCAUCUUCGUGCUCGGGGGCCUCGGGCCCGACAGGCGUCUGACGGCCGGCGUGGAGAGGUACAACAGCAUGUUCAACCAGUGGGAGCCCGCUGCUCCGAUGCCCGAGGCGGUGCUGCAUCCAGCUGUGGCCGCCGUCAACCAGAGGAUCUACGUGUUCGGAGGGGAGGACUCGAUGCAGAGUCCUGUCAGGAUAAUACAGGUCCAUCACGUCACCAGGAACAUGUGGUGGAAGAUGGAGAACAGGACGGUGAAGAACGCGUGCGCUCCCGCCGCCGUCGUGGACGACACCAUCUACAUUAUAGGAGGAUUCACCAGGAGAGUGAUCGCGUACGACCCCAAGGCCAACCGCUUUGCCGCGUGCGCCGGCCUGAAGGCGCGGAGGAUGCACCACGCCGCCGCCGCGCUCCACGACCGGCUCUACGUCACCGGCGGCCGCCGCAUCGGCGCCCGCGACGUCGUCGAGGACUCGGACGGCGUCGAGUGCUACGACCCAAAGACGGACGCGUGGUCGUCUGCAGGGACGCUGCCGUUUAAGCUGUUCGACCACGGCUCCCUGACCGUGACCAUGACUGGGCUGGACCCGGGGGUUUAAUCAUCAUCGCUCAAAUGUGCACGUUAUCUGAUACUAACGUGAAAGUGGCUCAGUAAGAAUAUGAGAGGACGGAUUUCUAAGGUUCUGUUUGACACACACACCCAUGAAAAGCCCUCGUCUGCCGUCUCUCAGGCUGACGGGACUAAAUCACGGGCCGUCUUUGACCCGUUUGAAUCCCGGGCCUCAGCUCUGCUCCGCUGUUAGCUCUGAACUCGCUGAAUCGCUGUUUUGAUGACAGCGAUAUCGUGAUAAUAUGGAUGCCAUGGAUUUAAUAGAGCAAUAAGUGUAAACAAACCUUUUGUACAAAACAGCUUUCGGCUGCAUUAUUAUUAUUAUUAUUAUUAUUAUUAUUAUUAUUAUUAUUAUUAUUAUUAUUAUUAUUAUCAUUAUUAUUAUUAUCAUCAUUAUUAUUAUUAUUAUUAUUAUUAUUAUUAUUAUUAUUAUUAUUAUUAUUAUUAUUAUUAUUAUCGUCAUUUUAUUUGCAUAUUUUUGCAGUUUAUUUGUUUCACCUUUGUUUGAGAUUCUGCCUCACUUAGUUUUGCAUCAUUACAAUGUGUCAGUUUGUUGAAAUCAGGAAUAACUGUUCUCGGUAGAACCGUCUCUUUGUUAUUCAGUUAAAUAAAGUUUGACCUCUUUUUACAGUA